CAAGAUGGCGGCAGGCAGCGGGGGUUCCGGGCACCGUCGGCGGCGCGGGGCGCUGCGGCUGCUGAUGCGGGUGGGCUCGGUGCUGCUCACGCGCUUCCCGUUCUGGCACUGCCUCAGCGGCCUCCUCCUCAACGCCGAGCGCGCCGACGCCCGCCGAAAACCAGACAUCCCUGUUCCAUUUCUCUACUUCGACAUGGGCAUGGCAGUGCUGUGUGCCAGCUUCAUGUCCUUUGGGGUGAAACGCAGGUGGUUUGCCUUGGGGGCUGCCCUUCAGUUGGCUAUCAGCACAUAUGCGGCGUACAUUGGAGGCUAUGCACACUAUGGAGACUGGCUGAAGGUGAGGAUGUAUUCACGAACGAUAGCCAUCAUCGGUGGUCUCUUGGUCUUGGCUAGUGGGGCCGGUGAGAUCUACCGGCAGAAACCGCGAAACAGGUCCCUGCAGUCCACGGGGCAGGUUUUCAUCGGCAUCUACCUCAUCUGUGUGGCCUACUCUCUCCAGCACAGCAAGGAAGACCGCCUGGCCUAUCUCAGUGGCGUCCCAGGUGGAGAAAUUGCCUUACAGCUCCUCUUUGUCCUCUACGGGGUGCUGGCCCUGUCCUUCCUGUCUGGCUACUACAUCACCGCAGCCGCUCAGAUCCUGUCGGUCAUCCUCCCUCUGGUCAUUCUCUUCAUCGACGGCAACUUGGGUUACUGGCACGAUUCCCGCCGAGUCGAAUUCUGGAAUCAAAUGAAGCUGGUUGGGCAGAACGUUGGGAUCUUCGGGGCCGCCAUAAUUUUGGCCACGGAUGGCUGACAGUAGACUCUGUGAGACACUGAAGCGUGGUGCUGUGAUCUGGGAGUGGGGUGCAUUUUUGCAGAGGAUGGAGACAUUCCCUCUUUUUAUUAUUAUUUUUUUUUUAUCAUUUUACUGCAUCUUUUAAAAAAAAAACACCGUUCCUUGCUAUUGGCAGCUAAACGAACAAGCGGGUGGUUGUUUUCGAAAUCCAGAGCCAUUCCUACAUUAUUACUUUCAUUUCCAAGGACACUUUAGCAGCUCCCCCUCCCUCCACAUGUUGUAGUAAUUGCGAGAGUCUCUUAAGUGGGCUCAGGUCUGCUUUUGGGUUGUCAUCUCAUUUCAGCGGGGAAGGGGUGAAUCUUUGCUUCCAUGCUGGUCACUGGGUUAAAUAUAACUUUGCAAAGGUCACUGUGACCUUGGGCGUGCUGGUUCUUGGAUCCCAACCCUAGGGUUUGGAUAGCCAAAGAUACACAGAUCAUUCGGCUCAUCUUUGCUCCGUGUGCAGAUGGCGGAGGCUGUUGUAGAACAUGCAUUUCUUUCUAUCAAGCAGAUCAGGGCUUUUGAAAGGUUCUCAGAAGUUCGUGCGAACCACAGGCUCCCGCUUCGAUGGGCUGGCUUCCUCUUUGCCUGUGCCGAAGCUUUUGCAAAGCUCCCUGGGCAGGUGGCAAAGUGCCACCUACAACCAGUUGGGCAAAAAACUGUUCUAUUUGGAACGUAGCAACUCGGGGGAAAUGUCUCCCUGCCGCCAUUCUUGCGUGGUACAGAGUGGAUACAGAAUUCGUGCACACAGGACGUAGCUGAUUAAAUGGGAUGGCAAACUGCUGGCGUCAUCCUUGCAUGAUGGGAAAAGAAAAGCUAAUCCAGCACUUAACUCGGGAGUCUUGGAGGCUGCUUUCAAAAUGCUUGGUGGAUGGGAUUGGGUUGGUGGGGAAGAGCAGCCUGAAGCUCAUUGCCCCCUCACCCCUAGAAGGGGCAAGCUCAGACCUGACAAUAUUGGACUAGGUGAGCUGCCUAAUGACCCAAGGCAGCUUUCAAGAGCUCAGAAACUCCUGCUACUUCCACACACACACCCCAGCAUUGAGCAGGUUUUGUUUUGGAAUAAUUUAUGCCAGGGCUGGGGGUGCUGAGACCCUCCAGAUUUUGCUGGACUACAACACCCAUCAUCCUUGACCGUUGGACACGCUUGCCAGGGCCAAUGGCAGUUGGGUUUCAUCUGGAGGGCCACUCCAGCAUAACUUGGGAAAGGCAGAGAACGGUUCUCUCAUGAUGGAGGAGUGGGGUACCUUAAUUCCCCAGCUGGUUAUGUACAAACACAAGCUCUUUCUAUAUCUGCAAGAUCAUGCUUGGCACAUUUUAUUUAUUACUUCCGAGCUCAAAGGCGACACUGAGAACUGAAUCUUUGCUCCGUAGUAUUGGCGUCUCUCCAGAUUCCCAAGUUUGUUUUCUCUUUCGAAAAGAAUGAGGGGGUGGGGAAGGGGAUUCUCAGCAUGUUCAUAGAUCUUUAAAAUCUAGCAUGUCCAGCUAAAAUGACACAUGCACUGAAACACGUUGAAUUGCGCUGCUAGAGGGACAGGAAGCUGCUUUUGGGGCAUGGAGGCGACCUACCACCAAGAACACACAUUUAAUCUCCCCUGUACCGGACCAGGUUUCUCCUUGUUGACCCCAGUGCGUGAGCUUUCUGCUGUUUAAACUGCAUACAUGCCGCCUUCCGUUUGUACAAUGGGGAUUGCACUUUAGGGAAGAGUGUGCAUGAAGGGGAAACAAGAAAACCCUUGUCAGGGUUGAACAUCCCCUUGGAAUUUGGUGUGUAUGUUGAGGAGGAUGUUUGUGUUUGGCUGAGGCUAGCCAGGGGCUUAAAAUGCUGGCCAGGAAUCACUCCUGGAGAAGCACUCCGGUGGAGGCACUUUGGAGCUGAUUGAGCUCUGUGUUCUAGGCCAGGCAUCGCCAAACUUCGGCCCUCCAGAUGUUUCGGACUACAGUUCCCAUCAUCCCUGACCACUGGUCCUGUUAGCUAGGGAUCGUGGGAGUUGUAGCCCAAAACAUCUGGAGGGCCGCAGUUUGGGGAUGCCUGUUCUAGGCUUAAAGGCCAUUGAAACACGGUUGACCAUACACUGCAUCCCCCCUUUCCCUUAUCAUCAGAUAUCGCUGAUGGCUGCAUCUUCCUUUUGGCUUUUUCUAAACCUCGCUGUGUUUUUGGAGGAUUAAGAAGAAAAUAAAACACUUUUUCCAGUCUCCCAUUUUUUUUAUCUUUCUGCGCCUGUCCUUUCCGCUGCUUCCAAACACCCGUUGGUCUUUGAACUUCCAAACAACCCAAGUUUUAGCAGGGCGGCGUGGACCAGGGAGGUUUCGGUUAUGUGAUCCUUGACGCCCAAGGCAGUAACUGGCAGCUCUACGAAGCUCAGCAUUUGUGCGUCGUCGUGUCAUGCCAGCAUCUUAGGCGUUUAGGAAGCUGCCUUAUAUAAAGUCCGAUCAUUGGUUGCUCUAGCUCGGCAUCACCUGCACUGACUGGCAGCAGCUUGCCAGGUUUCUGGCAGGGCAUCUUCUCCAACAGCCUAAAGGUGUAUAAUGAAGGCGCCAGGUGAACUUCCCUGGGGAAAGCGAUAAAACAAACAUUAAAAACCUCCCUAAACAGUUCCCUAAGGAACGGACAGAAAGAAUUCCAUGAUAUUUAUUAUCUGUAUACCGCCCUUCAUCGAAAGGUCCCA